GACAGACGUGCGGACUAUUGUCGAGAUAUCUUAUAAACUUAGUGAAACGAAAAAUAUAUCGUACAUACGACCUUAUUGUUUUAAAAAGUUCUAUUGGUUUUGCUUCAAUCAUUAAAGAUGUUUAAAUCAUUCACAAUAUUAGCGGUAGCAAUUGUAGGCAUGGGUGUUGUUACCAAUUACUACCUCCAAAGUGUUCCCGACAUGCCCAAUCUUGACUUCGAUCGAUGGUGGGGAGACGGCAACAAACCGAAACAAGAAGACGAAACAAUACGACCGUUUAAAAUUGUAUUUAACGAAACGAUGCUCGAAGAUUUAAGAAUGAGAUUAAGAAAUAGACGCCCUUACACUCCACCUUUAGAGGGCAUGAAAUCUGAAAAUGGAAUUAAUACGAUAUAUUUGGAAAAAAUAUUGAAUUAUUGGCAGGACGAGUAUAAUUUCAAAGAGAGGGCUGAUCUCCUGAAUAGAUAUCCUCAUUUCAAAACGAGGGUACAAGGUCUCGACAUACAUUACAUAAGAGUGAAACCUGAAACGAAAGGCAAGCAGGUCCUCCCCAUGCUGCUCAUGCAUGGGUGGCCGAGUUCGUCUAAGGAGUUCGAUCAAGUUAUUCCCAUGCUCACAACGCCUAGAAAAGGAUAUGACUUUGUUUUUGAAGUAAUUGCCGUCGAUCUACCUGGUUACGGAUUUUCUGAGGGCACAAAUAAACCAGGGCUUAAUCCUCUACAAAUCGGUAUAUUAAUGAAGAACCUUAUGAAAAGGCUAGGUUUCGAUAAAUUUUAUAUUCAAGCCGGCGAUUGGGGUUCGCAAGUAGCGACACAUAUGUGUACGGUCUUUCCAGAUGAUAUACUCGGAUUUCACACAAACAUGCCAGUAUCAAUAAGACUGAUAAGCAAUUUGAAAUACUUCCUUGGAUCACUGUUUCCUAGUUUGGUUGUUGAAGAUAAAUAUAGACAUCGAAUGUAUCCCCUAAGUGAUACUCUACCUUACCUGAUGAGAGAAAGCGGCUAUUAUCAUUUACAGGCAACAAAACCUGAUACAAUAGGAGCCGCAAUAACAGACACACCAGCCGGGAUGGCUGCUUAUAUAUUUGAGAAGAUCGCUGUUGUCAGUAACAAGAACCAAUUGAAUACACUACACGGGGGCUUAGAGAGCCUAGCCUUAGACGACUUGAUAGACACGGCCACAAUAUUAUGGGCGAACGAGCGGAUCACGACCUCUAUGAGAUUAUAUGCGGAAGCGUUUAUAACGUCUGAAAUAUUUAUCGUUCAUGAGAUCCCUACAAAAGUACCAACGGCUGCUAUAAAAUUCCUACACGAAAUCAUAUACCAACCGGAUUGCAUACUCAGGGAUAAGUUUCCCAACUUAGUACACUCGACUACAUUAGACUUCGGUGGACACUUCGCUGGGAUGCACACGCCUAAGGAAUUAGCGGACGAUGUAUUCGAGUCUGUUGUCGAAUUCAUUAAAUUCCAUGAGAAAAAUGACAAAUAACGUGAACUUAAAAUUUUAUAUUUAUUUUUUUCAUACGGAGUAUUCGUACAGAUUAUACGUAUUGAUUAUAAGCAUUGGGUAGAGUUAGUUAGUUAAGGCACUAUCCUUAUAAGCUAGCCACUGGACCAAAAAAUAGCCACUGAUAUCAUAAUAAUAUUACCUAGUCGGUGUAUUUGUAAAUGGACAUAAACCUACUGUAGUAUAUUAUAAUUAAUAAAUAUCCGCUCAGCAUCUGGCGGGGCGAGUGGCGGGGAGUAUACGAAUCCCGGACAAUCGA